AUGCCUGUUCAUCACUUGAUGUGUGGGACAUGGACUCCACCUGGAGCCAUUUUCACUGUCGCAUUCGACGAUGAAAAGUUGACAUGUGAGGUGGUCAAACGAACCGAGAUACCCAAGGACGAGCCUAUCUCGUGGAUGACUUUCGAUCAUGCCAAGAAAAACAUAUAUGGUGCGGCCAUGAAGAAGUGGUCGAGUUUCGCCGUCAAGAGCCCAACCGAAAUAAUUCACGAAACAUCUCACCCUAUGCUCCAUGACCCCCAGGCCGCAUCUCCCGAUACGAAUACUCGCGCAAUCUUCCUUCUCGCUGCCAAACAAUCCCCGUAUAAUGUCUAUUGCAACCCGUUCUACAAACAUGCAGGACACGGCUCUGUAUUCUCAACCUCGUCAACAGGCGCCCUCAGCGAAGCGACCCAACACUACGAAUACCAGCCCAACUCGGGCAUCCACGGAAUGAUCUUUGACCCAACCGAGACGUGGCUCUACUCGGCCGACCUGAAAGCCAAUAAGCUCUGGGUGCAUAAGAAGGACGCCUCAGGGACCCUUUCGCUCGUGGGCUCGGUCGACGCGCCGGAUAGCAAAGACCACCCGCGCUGGGUCGCCAUGCACCCGACAGGCAACUACCUGUACGCGCUGAUGGAAGCUGGCAACCGGCUGUGCGAGUAUGUGAUCGAUCCGCAGACACAUAUGCCAGUAUACACGUACCACUUCUUCCCGUUGAUACCGCCGGGGAUACCCAACUACGACACCAUGUACCGUAGCGACGUGGUGUCGCUAACGAAGUCGGGCAAGUACAUGUUCGCGACGGCGCGGGCGAACAGCUUCGAUCUGCAGGGCUACAUUGCGGCGUUCAAGCUGCGCGACUGCGGCAGCGUCGAGAGGCAGAUCUGUUUGAAUCCUACGCCGACGAGCGGGGGGCACAGUAAUGCGGUUUCGCCGUGCGAUUGGAGCGAUGAGUGGGUGGCCAUUACGGACGACCAGGAGGGAUGGCUCGAGGUUUAUCGGUGGAAGGACGAGUUUCUUGGGCGCGUGGCCAGGGUGAGGAUCCCGGAGCCGGGCUUUGGGAUGAAUGCCAUCUGGUAUGAUUGA